CGGAAACUAUGGUUACCGGAGACAAUCAUAUCUAUGCAUGUAUAACGGGAAUGUUUUACUCUCAAUAAGCAACGCAGUUAGGAAUUUUCAUCUGGUUGUUAAACAUCUCAAAAUGGAGAUCCUGGCACUUAUCCUAGCAGUCACUUUUGCUUGGGCGCAAGCGGCGGAUUCUGACGAACCGCCGAUAUUGAAUAUAUCACUAGCAGACGGCAGCAACAAGUUAUUUGUUGAAGAAAAAACAGUCUUCAACGUCACUGUCCAGUUUCCUGGCACGUUCUAUGAUGACGUCAUCAUUGACAUCCUCCCUACAAUCGACCUUCCUGACGUCGUUAUCACAAAAGUUAAGACGGUGAAGGUUGGAUCAAAUCUUCACUUCACCGGAAGUAUUGAGCCAGUGAUGGAUUAUGGGAGACCGGAACUUCAAGUUCCAGGGAAGGCACUGUCCUGUCAGUUUCAUCUUGGUAAAGUCCUGAGGUCCAGAAAAAUUGAAAAGAUGGCUCACGGUCGCUUUAACGUUCUAAAGGCGACUCUGAAUGGUGACGGCACCCCCAAAGCGACUUCGGAAGAUGAUACCAUUCUCAUCCAGUACGAGGCUCUGAUACCGGAAGAACGUUCGGAAGGUUUCGGCGAGAUAGGACACGACCAUAUGUAUGCUGUCAGAGUCGAAACCGCCAAGGAGACUUACUUUCUGCACAAACACGUGACGGUCGCCGCUAGGAGCAUGCCAAUGUUGUUCCGGACACUCGAGAAGUUCCCUGCGAGACGAGGCAACAUGGUUGAGGAAAUGUUCAUCUUCAAAGCACGUCCCCAGAGAAAGUUGCUAAAAAAUACGAUGACUGCCUGAGCCGACCUUUGAUUCACAACUAGCGGACCCGCAAUGUUAUUCGGGAAUUUCCGUACGUUUCCGUAUUCUCCGUAUGCUAUUUCGACAGUUUCCGGUUUGUUGCUCGUAUAUGAACUACAUUAGCAUACGGAAGAAUACGUAAACAAGCGGAAAUUGUCGAUUGUCAUUUCGGGUCCAUUGCCUUGACAGAAAUAAAAACAACACGGAUAUAAUGCAUGAUCUUUCAAAUUUUUAUAACUAAUAGCGACUUAAUUUGAAAAAUAAAAUACAAAAAUAGCCAUAAGACACUUACGAACUGGAUUAGUGAAGUUGAAAUUUCAUUCAUGUAAGUGCACUAACUAGUUUGUUAAGGAUUCCUUUUUAUUUCAAUAACUGUUUGAGGCGUCAAAAUGCAGGACAUCGUACAAAGUUUAUUUUAAUUCAUUUUUACUGAACAGACUGAGAACGAGAACUGUUUUUUUUAAAGACUUUUUCAUGUAAGACUAGCCCCUAGACUGAUAAUAAAGAAUAUAACCCCUCCCUCCCCCCAUCCCCUCUCCCCCCAAAAAAGAGAAAUGGAGACAAAAAGUCAGCCCAUUCUUAAGGUUUUCUUAGGGGAAUGACAGAUUAAAUGAAAUUAUGACUAAAAAUUGACAAUGGUCUAAGAGCUAGUCUGCAUUUGUAAUAGAGCGUUAUAUGUUACUAUUUUACAUUGUACUUUUGUUUGGUAUUUUAAUUUUAAGUUAUAAGCCAUUAGCUUCAAAGGAGGAAGAAUCAAAAGUUAUUUGCCAUCAAGCCUGAUUGCGGGUUCUUGCCUUAAAUAACGCUCUGUGGUAUUUCAACAAGCACUACCCUAAACACGAAAAUUCUAAAAAUCAAACAACGAACUAAAUAAUCUGUUUUGUUUUAGUUGAGUAUGUAACAAUUGUAUGUGUGUCUUUGUCCAUAACACCAAUUCUGUUUUGCUUUUUUUGUGUUCUUUUGGACAUUCGGAUUUCAUAGGUAAGUGAGGUAAGCAUAACUUACAGGCGUUUCUUGAUUUUGUUGAUUACGCCAUGUGAACAUAUUAUGGAAAAAAAAUGAAAAUAACCGAUCACAAGGUGAUGGUACCAUAAAAUUGACAAUUCUCAUAAACUUUUGCCACUAAUUGUCUUUUCUUAUAACUUUAAUUUCUUAGACUUCAUAUCGAUCAAAAAUUAUAAAAAUUGCUUUAUCCAGAUUCAGAUUAUUGUGAGAAAGGCUUAGUAAUAUGCAUCGUAAUUAAAAGACUUAAGAAAAUAUACCUUAAACAUAUUUUGCAGAUGUCCGACUUUAGAUAAAUUUAAUUGGUCAAUGUGCUUUUUACACAUAAACAAGAAAGUAAAUGUAUACAUCUAAGUGCAUUACUUGCCACACAGCGUAAGACAGACUUUUUGUAGACUGUUCAAAGCGCUUCUGCAAACUGUUACAGGUUUGUUGGACUUGUAACACUUCGGCUGAGUUACAUAUGAUGGUUAAAACUUAUUUCUCUACAUGAGUCUCUCAUUAUCAUAGAUAUGUUUUCAUUUUUCUCUACACUAAACUCUUGGUAUGGGAGGUGAUGGUUGUAUGCUGAAAUAAAUGUCAGUAUUG